AUGAAACCAAGUCAAAUUAUAACAGGGUCUGCAAAUCCUGAUCCAUCAACAUUUUCAUAUACAAUUUAUGAUGAUGAUGUUUAUUAUUCAUAUUCAUCCGGAAGUAAUGUUUAUAUACUGAAGGGGGUUUCAUUGAAGGUUAUUCAAGUAUUAACAGGUCACCAAAGCGAUGUUACAUGCAUAUCUUGGUUAUCAAACGAUCCAAAACUAUUAACAUCAUCAAAUAACGAAAUUUUUUUAUAUACUUUAAACAAAGAGAAGUUUUUAUGGGAACAUGUUUUCACCAUUCCAUGUCAAUUUGAAAUCACAUCGAUGUCGUGGUUACAAACAAAUUCAUUUAUAGUGGGUGGGUCCAACCAAAUCGUAAAGUGGAAGUUUGAUAUUAAUGCAAUUAUGAAAAACUACUAUAUUAAAAAACAACAAGAAAUUAUAACUCAACAACAGCAACAAUCAGGUACAUCAUUGCCAUCACUCUCAAAAUCACAAUUUGGUAUAUCUCAACAACAGCAACAAGACUCUGACGAAUUUAGUUCAACUUUUACAACCAAAGCCUUCAACUUAAAUAGUAGCGGCAGCAAUACACCAACAAAUUCAACCCAGGUUAGAAAUGAUAAAUUUUUAUUGGACCAAAAACUAAAAGAACAAAAACUCUUUAAUAAGCAAGCACAAAUGGUUUGGAAAACUGACUGUUCCAGCUCUAUAGCCCAUUUAGCAUGUUCACCAGAUGGUUCACUAUUUGCAACUUGUGGUAAAUUUGAUCGUAUGAUUAAAAUUUGGUUUCUUCAGAAAAAGUCUCAGGCUAAACUCAUUGCCGAGGAGCAACAAUUAAAAUUACAACAAGAACAAUUAUCACUAUUACAACAACGUGAAGAAUUAGCAAAGCAAAAAAAUAGCAAAGGUUUUUAUAAAGAACAGUUUAACAAACUUUUAAGCAAAGAACCAACUUUUAAAUUAUCCAAGAAGCAAACAAAUAACGAUGAAGAUGAAAACGAUAUAACUAGUAGCAUCAUUUCAAAGAAACCCAUUAACACCAAUCCAGAAGAAAAAGAGCCAACUUUAGAGGAAAAACAAAAGCAAUUGGAUUCUCUCAAGGAGUUAUUACAAAAACAAAAGAAUAAAAAGUUUGAACAAGAAUCAUAUGGUUUUAUUUAUUUGCCACACCCAAGAUCAGUCACAUGGGUAUCUUGGAGAAAUAGAAAAACAGCUUCACACAAUAUACUUUUAACUAAUUGUAAAGAUGGUGUCGUUCGUUUAUGGCAACAAUCACCUCAAUCAAGAAGAUUACAAUUUAAUGUAUCAAAUAUCAUCCCUUCAAAUUCAGAUGUUAUCGAUUGGGUCUAUAGUCAACAUGAUGAUAAAUUUGAUUUAUUAAAUAAAAAGAAACCUAAUAAUGAAGACUCUUCAAAUAAUAGUACUGGUAGCAAUCCUAGUUCAAACAAUCCAAAUAAUAGAUCAACAUCAAAAAAUAAUGGUACAGAUUCUGACCCAAAUAGUGACGAUUCAAACUCGUAUUUAAGAAGCCAUGAUUUUAAAUUACAUUUAACCAAUCCAAUACUUUUAAGACAAAAAGACUCAUUAGCUAAAACUAAACAAAUAGUCGAUUGGAUUAUAGGCAUCAAGUUAGAUGGUUCAUUAGUAUUAUGGAAAUUAAAGACUGACGAUUCAAUGACUAAACAGACAUCAUCUAUUUCACUUUGGAUUAAUAGCCAAAUUUUAUCACCACAGGAGGUUGGACCAAACCGUAUUAUCUCACAUUAUCAAGCUAUGCCAUCAUCUGAUUACACACCUGGUUCAAUUAAGGUUUGUUUUAAUUCUUUUAAUGGUGCAAUUUCAUCUAGAAGAUUUUAUAUACAAAAUCACAAUCAAACUCAAAUUUCAAAUGCAUCACCAGUAUCAAGAUGUUAUGGUCAUGAGAGCACAAUUAAAAAAAUGUCGACAUCAUUAACCUCACCAUAUUUAUCAUCAUUAGAUAGUAAAAACAAUAUUAUUAUUUGGAACUCAACAGAUUCAAGUAAAAUUCAAUCACCAAACUUUUUAAUUGAUAUUGGAUCAUUUACAUCCUAUUAUUCAAUGGCAUGGUCACCAAAUCAAAAGUUUUGUUUCUUUUCUAAUGUUGAUGGUAUAUUUGUAUAUUAUAUAGAAGUAUCACAAGAAAAUCAUAUAAAGUCAUCUCUAUUAUCAAUCGGUCUUGUUGAAGAGUCAGUUCUUGAAGAUGAUUGGAUUGAUGAAGUCCAUGUAGUAGAGCCAUUCAAUUUACUUUAUUACUAUGAUGUUAAAAAUAGUAACCAAGACAACUUGUAUUUACCAUAUCAAUUCUUUUUAGUUGGUUUAAAUAAACAUUCUGACAAAAUUUAUAUAUGGGGUGUUAAUAUCGAAAGAGAUUUAAGAUACUCAUCAGCUUCUUCUCCAUCCAUCUUAAAAUCCAAACUAUUAGCAACUAAAGAGUUUGAAAGAGAUUCAAGAGUUUCGUGUAUUUGUGCUGCUCCAAAAGGUAUCUUUGACUAUUCCGUAAAACCACCACAAAAGAAUGAUUAUGCCAUUGACGACGAUGACAGAGUCGUAUUAACCCAUCCAAUUUGUAUCAUUGGUACUAUUGAUGGCUAUGUAUCCGUUUUGGGUAUUACUCCUAAGGUUAAAACAAAUAAUGGCGAGGUCGAAUAUGAAGAUUGGGAAAUUAGUGAAAUGGUUGGCUAUGCUGCCUAUCAACAACCAGUCGAAUCUGUUAAACCAGCAUACUUUGGAAGAUUUGCUUCAAAAGCUUUUUCAUCAAACAUGAAUCCAGAAAUUCAUAUUUGGGAAUUAGAAUCUCAUACACCAAAGUUACGUCUCGAAGAUACCAUUAGAUUUUUCUCUGAACAAACUGAACAAUCAGUAGUUACAUCACCCACUGCUACAUCACCAAUUGGCGCUACUCUUAAUGUCAAAUCUCCAAUAGCUACAUCCAUUCCAUUAAAAACAAGUGGUGCUACCAAUGAUGAUUCAAUCGAGUGCUCAUUCAGUUUUGCAUCUUUGGAUGAUGGCAACUACUCUAUUGCUAUAGGUUAUGGAAAUCAAGUUAAAAUUCUAACAAGACCAAUCGAUAGAACUAUUGGUAGUUAUAAGAAACCAUGGAUACAAACUCAUUAUUAUGACGAUUUAACUUCACCCUGUACUUGUAUUGCUUGGGGCAAAGAUCUUUCAUUGUAUGUUAGUGCCGGUAACCAAAUUUUAGUAUUUACCAAAUGGAGCAAAAUUAACGAAAAUACUGCUUUAUUAAGUCAAAUGGGUAACAACUGUACUAGUCUAAAUUCAAUAUACCAUCAACAUUCAGAACUCACAAGACCACUUCCAUUAUAUCACCCAAAAUUCUUGACAGAAUAUAUGAUGGCAGGUAAAUUUGGUGUUGUUGAAAAAAUUCUUAAAUAUAUUUUCAAUUACUUAUUUGAAAAAUAUGGCGAUCUCGAUAAUAUACCAAAAACCCCAGAACACAUUCCGCCAUUAUCAAUAGAAGAAAUUGUCCAUUAUAACGAAUUUGACGGUAGCAAUAAUAAAAAAGCAGGUACAAGUGAUGAUGUAGAUAAAAUGAACUCUAAAUACUAUGACAGAGAUUACGGUAAUGACGAUUACGACGAUGAAGAUGACGACGAAAAAGAUAAAGAUUUAUUCCUAAAUCUCGAUGGUAAAUUUAACAAGAAACAAGCUCAAAAAUUAAAUGAAAUUUUAUCAUCAAUUAAACUAGCAUAUCUCACAAGCAAUGAACAAAUUCAACUUUUAGCAGUCACUGAUACCUAUGGCGAAAUUGGUGAAAUGAGAGGCGGUCUCGAUGAAAAUGGUUCAAGAUUCCUUUUAUCAGCCAAAGUAUUCCAGUUCCUUCGUCGUUCUCUUCCACCACAAGAUAGACCAAUCUCAUUAAGUACCACCGAUAUUCUCUGGGCAUUGCACAGCGAAGCCCAAGAAACCAUUUUACAAGCAUGCUUCCCAACCGAUCCAGAUUGGAACGCACUCAAACAAAUUGGUGCUGGUCUUUGGAUUAAAUCACCUUCAACUCUUAGAAAUGUUGUCGAAAAACUAGCUAAAACCACCUAUAUCAAUUCAAAAGAUCCAAGAGAAUGCUCACUUUACUAUAUGGCUCUUAAAAAGAAAGGUGCUUUGGUAGCUUUACAUAAAGCUAAUAAAGACGUUAAACAAGUCGAAUUCCUUCAACAAGAUUUUACACAAGCCAAAUGGAUCACUGCUGCAAAUAAGAGUGCUUUCCUUUUACAAAGUAAACAUAAAUACGAUUUAGCUGCUUCUCUUUUCCUUUUAGCUGGCCAAUUAAAGAAAGCUGUAAAUUUAAUUAUUCAAAUGCAAGGUGAUUUCCAAUUGGCUCUUGUUAUCAGUAGAUUAUAUGAAGGUGAAAAUGGUGAAGUCUCAAAAAUGAUUAUUGAAGAACACAUUAUUCCACAAGCCAAAAAGACAAACGAUCGUUCAUUAUUAAGCAUUGCUAAUUGGUUACUUAAAAAAUAUGAAGAUGCAAUUCAAGUAUUAAUUCCAUCAGUCUCAAUUGACAGUGAUCGUAAAUUAGAUGAAAAUAAUGAUAUUUUUUCACCAUUAUUAACUGGUGGUUCACCAAACUUCUCCUCUCGUAAUUCAACAGUAUCAUCGCCAAUAGCACGUUCACAAAGCGGCAUUUCAACCAUUACCUCUUCAGUUCAACAAACCAGUUCCUCGUUAAUGUCACAACAACUACGUGUUUCUGAAAUGGGUCCUUCAACACUUUACUUUUUCAGAUUCCUUAAGAAUCAUGUUCAACUUAGACUUUUACCUGAAGAUAAAAAAAAAGAAGAUCCAUUCCUUAGAAGUAGUUCCUACAGUUAUUUCAAUAGUGGUUGCUCAUUAUUAGCUCUUGAAAAUAUAGAACAAUUAGAAAAAUCACAUCCUAAAAUUCUUUCAAAUAAACAAGAACGUGAAGAAUAUGAAAAACAAAAGCAAGAAGAAGAAGCAAAAGAAAGGGAAAAACAAUUGGAAAUUGAAAAACAAAAACAGAAACAAAAUUCAAAUGAUUUAGGUUUAGAUUUUGGUGGUGGUGGCGGUAGUAACUCCAAUGGUUUCUUUAAUAGUAGUAAUUAUGAUAUGGGUUUAGAUUUUGGCGGUGGUAGUAGUUCAAGCUUCUUUAAUAAUAACAGUAAACCAUCCAACGAUUUAGGUUUAGAUUUUGGUGGUGGCAGUAGUUCAAGUUUCUUUAGUAGUAACAAUGAUAGCAAACCAUCAAAUGAUUUAGGUUUAGAUUUCGGUGGUGGUAGCAAUAGUACUAACUCAAUGUUCCAAUCAAAUAGUAUGGGCUUAGAUUUUGGCCCAUCUACAACCUCAACAUCAUCAAACAGUAAUACCAUGGGUUUAGAUUUUGGUCCAUCUACAACUUCAACAUCAUCAAAUAUUAUGGGUUUAGACUUUGGCCCAUCUACAACUUCAACAUCAUCAAACAGUAAUACCAUGGGUUUAGAUUUUGGUCCAUCUACAACCUCAACAUCAUCAAAUAGUAAUACUAUGGGCUUAGAUUUUGGUCCAUCUACAACAACUACAUCAAAUAAUUGGGAUUUCUUAGAUACAAAACCAAAAGAAGAAUUAAUGAAAGAACAAGAAGAACAAGAAAAAAUUAAAGAAAAAGAAUCUAUUAUUGUCCCAACUAUUGAAGUAAAUUCACAAGCCGUAUCAACAGUAUCAAAUAAAAAAGGAAAAUUAUCAUUAUUCCCAUUGAUUGAUAAUGAAUUCAAAUCCAAACUAGUUGUUAAAGUUUUAAUUGAAACCAUUAUGGAAACAAGAGAAUCAAAUUCUUGGGAUGAAAAAUCAAAUGAAUUCAAAGAAACAUUAGAAUUUUUAUGUAAAAAGAAUAAUUUAGUAGAAAAGGAAAUUGUGAAAUGUUUAAUAGAAUUUUGUUUAAAUAGACAAUAUAUUUAUCAAGUAACAAAGCUAUCUCAAAUAUUUGGUGGUGAAAAUGCAUCAUUAGAAGCAUUAGACUCAAUUUCAACCAGUAUUAUAAAAUCAUUACUUAGAUUUGAUGAUGAUAACAAAUUAAUGAUUGCCAACGCCGGUGCAUCACAAUCUUUACAAAUUCUAUCUCAAGAACUGUACAAUAGUGUUUUAUCAUUACGUGAAGAAAACCAUAGCAAUGCUCUCUUAUUAACAACUGUUUAUCUAAUGAUAUUUUUAUUGGGUAAUGGCGCUCAUAGAUACGAUAUUCUUUUAUCUUUAUACGAAAACAAAUCCAAACCAAUUAGUAAUCUUAUGUCUGUUUUAAAAUCAUUACCAUUAAGAAACUACAAAGAUGACUCAUUAGUAAAUGAAGAUGAUGAAGAUGAAGACGAUGACGACGACGAAGAAGUUUUAGAUGAAGCCGCUAAAAAGAAACUACAAGAAGAAAAUACCAUUACCAUCCGUUUUGUAAAGAGAUUCUUCGACUACAUGACAGUUAAAUAUUUUAAAUCGUGCUUUGAAGAACUUGUCAAGAUUAUUCCAUAUCACGAAGUGUUUGACUCUGUAUUCCAACGUCUUACCCUUUGGAUAGGAUCCUCACAAACCAAAUUAGUUGUAGUACCACAAAAAAUUUUAGAUGUAUUUGUAAAGAAUCCACAAACCAGUAAUACCGAUAACUUUUUAGAUGCCAUCAGAGUAUACAAAGAAUUUAACUCUGCUGAUCAAAUGAAGGUUUGGGAAAUUUUGGUAAAGAAUGAAAAAGAAACUUUAGAGCAUAUUAUUUUAGGAAUUGACCCUAAUCCUCAACAACAAGAUAAAGAUAAAGAUAAAUCCUCAAAGAAUGAACAACUACCAGUAAUGAGAAAGAUUAGUAGCCAAACCCAAUUCCCAACAGGUACAGGUAAAAUUAAAUUUGAAGAAGAGACAGAACUUUAUAAAGAUGGUGAUAUUUUACAAUCAUUCUGCUUAGACCCAACCUCACCUGAACUUAAUGUUAUGGCUAUUGCCACUACCCGUGGUAUUCGUGAAAUCGAUUUGAAACAGUUGGUUCACGAAGCUAGAGAUGAGUAUGAUAUUGAUCCAUCCGAAAACCUUAGUUCCUCAUCACAUGGAAAGAAACCACGUAUCACAGGCAAAUCCGCUUCAUCACUUCAUAUAUCAAAGAGUAAAAUUGGUGGUGUAUUUGGUGGUCUUCGUUCAAACAAACCAGUUGAUCACAAUAUUAUUGUUCAAUGUUUAGAAAGUCAUCCAAACUCAUCUUUUUAUUUAUCUGGAGGUAUUGAUGGCUCUGUAUGUUUAUGGCAAUUCGGUAUACCAGAAGUUUUAACUGCAUAUCAAUUACCACAAAAACCAAGAAUCGUUCGUUGUAAAUUUAAUCAAAGCGGAACUAAAUUCGGUGCUUGUGAUAUGGCUGGUAAUAUUUUAUUAUGGCAAUUUGCAGCUCAAGAGGAUACCUUAAAACCAUUCUACCAAUUGCAAGCUCAUAGCAAACAAACUCUCGAUUUUACCUUCUUAAAUAGUGGUAGUCUAUUGGCCACUGCAGGUAUUAGUAAUGACAGUAAACGUGAUAUUUGUUUAUGGGAUGUUCUUUUACCACCAAGUAAAUCGCUCAUUGCUUCCUAUACUGACCAAGAAAAUGGUGCAUCGUCGAUUGUUUAUUCUCCAAAACGUCAAACUAUAAUAGUUGGUGGUAAAAAAGGUUCACUCUCUCUCUACGAUAUUCGUACCCACAGACAAUUAGAAAGUUUCAAAGCUCAUCAACUCAACACUAAAACAUUAGCAUUAGAUCCAUUUGAAGAAUUUAUUUGUAGUGGUAGUAGUGAUGGUAAUAUUAAAGUUUGGUCAUUACCAUCAAUGACUUGUUUAAAUACUUUUGAAGAUUCUCAUAAAAAACAAACCUUUGUACGUCCAACUGGUGUAUUCAAAUCUCCAGUAUCGACAUAUGGUGUAAUGCAAGUUAGGUUAGAAAACAACUCUAUGUUUUCAUGUGGUGCUGAUGGAAGACUUACUCGUAGACGCUUCUUUAAACUUUAA